AUCCGGCGCAGGAGACCAACCCCUGCCAUGCUGUUCCGGCUCUCAGAGCACUCCUCGCCAGAGGAGGAGGCCUCCCCUCACCAGAGAGGCUCCGGAGAGGGGCAUCACCUCAAAUCGAAGAGACCCAACCCAUGUGCCUACACACCCCCCUCGCUGAAAGCCGUGCAGCGCAUUGCCGAGUCGCAUCUCCAGUCCAUCAGCAACCUGAGUGAGAACCAGGCCUCGGAGGAGGAUGAGCUGGGGGAGCUUCGGGAGCUGGGCUACCCAAGAGAGGAAGACGAGGAGGAUGAGGAGGACGAGGAGGAUGAGGAGGACGAGGAGGAAGACAGCCAGGCUGAAAUCCUGAAGGGCAGGAGGGUGCCUGAUGGGCAGAAAACUUGUGGCCAGGGUCUGGAGGGACCUUGGGAGCGCCCGCCCCCUCUGGAUGAGCCCCCAAGAGAUGGAAGCUCCAAGGACCAAGUGGAAGACCUGGCACUAAAUGAGCCUGGGGAAGAGCCACAGCGCCCUGCCCACCCUGAGCCUGGCACAUAGGCAUCUGGCCUUGCAUCUGUGGAGGGGGCAUUGCUGUUCCCCAGAAACCCACUCUAUCCCUACCCCUACUUUGUACCCUUCCCCCUCACUCGCUAGGGCUGUGGCUUCUGACUUCUAGAAGACUUAAGGCUGGUCUGUGUUUGCUUGUUUGCCCACCUUUGGCUGAUGCCCAGAGUCCCUGGGUACUUGCUGCCUGAUGCCUACCCCUGCCAGUCAUUCACCCAUUUACCCAGAGGGAGGCUGGAUGUGAGAGAGUUUGCAUCGGAUAAUCCAGUAAGGGGGGCGGCAAAGGUUCAUCCUUCACAAUUCCACUCCCCAGACCCUCUCCCCUGGGCACAGGAAACCCACAGGGCAGGACCCUAAGAUCUGGGGAAAGAGGGUACUGAGAAAUUGUAGGUACCCUUAGAUCCUUCUCCAUCCCCUCUCCUAUGGGAGAUUUCAAGUUACCACCUCUCUCUCUGGCUUCUACCAGG